GGCGUCCCUGUCCUCGCAGUCAUGGGAAGUGUUUACCUCCGGUUUUUGUGAUCGUUUGGAUUAUAAAUCAUAUAACAUGGCAGCGGUUUUUCUUGUGACCUUGUAUGAGUACUCCCCAUUGUUCUACAUUAGUGUGGUUUUUCUGUGUUUCGUUGUUACCGCAGCCAUGGUGCUGGGCUGGUUCGGCUUCGAUGUCCCAGUGAUCCUUCGCAGCUCUGAUGAGACGGAGUCUCUCCUGCCAACCCCGGAGAAGCAAAUGGUUCAGAUGACCAACCCCUUCAUCCUGGAGAUGGGUCCUGGGCCGGCAUCAGUCGCUGACGGUGUGUCCCUGAGGCCCUGCUGUCUGGAGCCCUGUAUCCUGAGCUGUUUCUGGGGCUGUGAGGUCAGCGCCUUGCAAGCCGCACUGAAGGCCCACCAGCACCACCCGCUCAGCACCCCCCAAUGUCUGCAGGAGGCACUGCAGCUCCGCUACCAACACUGCCACAGCUUCCACAUCGGCAGUAAGGACAGAGAGGAACGCCGCACACAGAUUCCUGCUGACCAGGGCAUCGCAGACUUUGGGCCGUUGCCAAGGGAACGCUACCCUCUUGUGGCUGUGCUGACGCUGGCAGAGCUGGAAGCUAGAGACACGUACAACAUCGUGGCCAGUUUGACAGUUAUUCAUGUUCCUGAUGACAAAUACAGUCUUUCUGCACGGGUUCUCUUUCAGUACCUUCUCAACUCACAAGGGAACAUGUUCGAGUUAAAGCCUCUCUUCAUGUCAGCUGACAGUGGGGGGGUAUCUGAGCCUCCUGACUCAGAGCAGAAAUCCCAACCCAGUGAACCCAACGAGGCCUGUAGAGUGGAGCCAAGUCCGGUGGCCGAGGAGGCGUGGCGGGGCAGAGACUGUGUGGUCUGUCAGAACGCAGCCGUGAACAAGGUGCUGCUGCCCUGCAGACACGCCUGUGUGUGUGACAGCUGUGUGUCACACUUCCAGCACUGCCCCAUGUGCAGGGCCUUCGUCCAGGAGUCCUUCACCCUGACACAGGGACCAGCUGCAGAACAAUGAGUCCAUACUGAACCACUCAAUGUUAUUUAAGAGAACAUAUGCAGCAAGAUGGGCAUCAUUGCAAAGUAAUUCCUGCAACUCCCUCACAGCAAACUGGGUUACAGUUCAGGACCAGUCUCAGCAACAAGAACAGCGACAAUGGUGCUCAUGGACUGUACAUCUCAAACUAAAUGUUACUAUAGUAUAGUAUUACUAUAGUCACAAAAGACCAUGUUUUGUUGUAUUAAAGCACAGCAAAUCCUUUAAGUGAAGCAUGUACAUUUUUUUAUUAUAUUAUCCAAAAAUGCUGUGAAAUCCAAGAAGUCCCCUGUUUCUUGGAACUGAAUACAUUACUUUAUACUUAAUGAUGCGAUUAAUGCUCAGUCGAUAAUUCCCAGAGGUUGUUUUUUUUCUCUAACAAGAUAUUUCUGGAGCUUUCAAACAAUGAAUGUUACAUUUGUUAUAGGACAUCAGUGUUUUUAGUCUGUACACUGAAUACCUACAGCUGGUAGAGUGUGGAUUUGGGAUAGAGAGGUAGUGAUCUUGCUUUUUCCCACAUCUCUGCUGUUGACCUUUCAUUAUUAGUUUAAUUUAAAAUACUAUAAGCAUGUAUCAUUUGUUUUCAGCAUGAAUGUGACUGCUUUCAUGAACACAGCAGAUAGUGAAUAUGAUAUUUGAGCACUGACCAUGUAAAACGUAUCAUGUAACAUAAUGAAGCAGAGUUCUUUGUAGAACUGGAAUGUAGAAGUCAACUGCAGAGAAAC